GAAUACUUCUAAACUUCAAAUUUGUUUGUGAAAGACGAAGUGCAUAGUUUUCGCAAGUUUGCAAAUAUUUAUUUGGUAUUAAAAAGGUUAGUUUAUUGUUAAUAAUUUAUUUAGGUAACGCUAUAAAGUGUAAUAUUCGUUGAAAACUUAUUUAUUGGUGUGAAGUUUCAAGUAAAUAAAAGUUAACUUUAAUUGAGGACAUGAACAUCCAUGUUUGAUGAUAAGGAAAAAGGAAAGGUCUUUGUGUUAUUAUAAAUAAUUUAAAAUUAAUUUUAUUGCAAAUAUGUCUCCAAUAAACCUAAAAGUAUCGAAGCUUCUGGAGAUGUUUAAGGGGUUGAAAUCGGAUGCAGUUCCGAGGGCCCCAAGGCCAUCAGCAGAGACGGUACCACCACCGUCUCAACCUGAUGAAAACAAUUUGAAUGGGGACCAUGAGGAAGAACAGGAGGAAGAAAUCAUUAUAGAGUCAAUAUCUGACGACGAUAAUGAAAUAAAAAAAGAAAAGAAGUCUAAUAAGAAAAAAAAGACAAGCAAAUCGAAGAAACCACUCACAGACGAUGAGGAAGAGUAUUCAAAGUCAUAUGAAGAAAAACGCGGCAGCGCUAGUUCAGUAAAUGUUCAAACUAGUGGAACUGUUUGUUACAACAUAGUCAAUUCUCGUGGAGUUAGAUUGGGAAAUGAUUACUAUUUUGGUCCAGUUACCACAAUGGGCACCAAGACUGAUAAAGGAAAAGAAUAUGAAGAGGAACCUAUUAAGAAAGAUAAUUAUAUUCGCAUGCUUAUGGAAGCUACAAUACGGCCUAACCAUGACUAUGUGGAUUACAUAUCAAAAAAUCUUGGCAAAACAUGGAAGAGUUUCUUCAGGACACUUGGUUACACUGAGGGAAGAAUUGAUACUGCCGAGCUAGAUGCAGUAAACCGUGGUUACAGUAUAAGUGAGGCUCGUUACAAGCUACUAUUGGAGUGGGUGAACAACGACGACGAUGCAACACUGGGACAACUAGCUACAUUACUGUGGCGAGAAGGAGAGCGAAGCAUUGUCAAAGACCUCUCCAACAUAUACAAGAAGAGUAAAAAGAAAUGAGGUUUAAUAAAAAUCCACAGAUAUGUUAGAAUUGAAAUCAAGAAAGAUCUGGAAUCAUAGAUUUGUUAGUUUUAUACUUGUUACUAUCUGUAUGCAAUCAUAAACCUGUUUAGAAGCCAUCGUAUUCAUUCAAUAUGCAACAUUUGUAAUGAUAUUCAUUUUAUUUCUUAUUGCACUAUAGAUUUAAUUACCUACUUGAUUUCUCUAACAUGUCUCUAACAAAAUGAAACUGACAGGCUCAAUAGAAUUGCUACUUAAAUAACUUCCAUAAAAAGGCUUAUGUAUAGAGUAAGGUGCUAAUUGUAAACUUUAAAAUACACGGUGUAAACGAAACGCUUCUGAAAAACACUGACAGGUGGUAAAAGACAAGUUUUAUUUUCAUAAAGGUAAGGAAUUAAAUGUUUCUUUUAUCUACAGUUGUAAUCAACUGCUCAAGGCUGA